AUUGAGAUAAACGUGCCUAAUCGUCUCAAUAAUAUUGGAUAUUGGAUUGAGGAGCAUGUUUUGAGUAUUGCGGAGUAGUUUGUUUCUCGUGUCAUAAAGGUUUGUAAUUUGCAUUUAUGGUAAAGCAAUGGGUUCAUAAUCUAUAUCUGUCAACCAAAGUUGAUAUUUUUAACGUUAAUUUCAGUGCAUAGGUGACAGGUCAUCUCUAUUAGAAUAUAAACUCGAUUCUAAUGUGGCUUAAUAUAGUCAAUCUAAUAUUGUUUACAGUAGAAUCUUAGCCUUCAAAAUAUCUUUGUCUUUUUUAAAUUAUGGAGUAAUCUUACGGGACUUUAUCACCAUAUGCCAUAUAUGGCAAUUUUUAGGAUGUCUGUGGUCAGCUAUCUAUUAAACAAAGCUCCAAACCCGUGUACGUUAAAGUGCACACAAAUUCAGAUUGGGUAUUUAUAUCGCAGGUAUGUAAAGGAACUCUUCUUGUUUAGAAAUUUUUACUCAUUUCUACUUUGUUUUUCUCUAGUAGUUCAUUUAUACUUGCAGUAACCACAUACACCCUCUAUUAAUGUAAAUUCAAGUGUUAGUUUCAUAAGGGUGGUCAAUGAAAAAAAUAAGUGGCAUUCUAACAACUGGUUUAGCUUGGUUUAUGUGUUCAUAUUAUAAAUUAUCCGUUAUGACACCUAAAUUUCUAUUCUUAGUAUCAGGAUUUCACGGUGUAUUUACUAUCAUAUGUUUUGCUGCUCACUAGUCGUUGUAUGUUGUAACUUAGGUAGCACAUAUGUGUCCGCUUUUCAUCUUCCGUAAGAUACUGGGUUUCAAUGUGGUUUUUGGCCUUUUCAAGUUAUCGAUUCUCAAAACAUCAAUAUGAUUGCAUUUUCUCCCAUUAUUCCUACUUACAUCCUGAUGAUUUUUAGUCAACCUUAAAUGGUAUGCUUACUAGUUACGGUUGCAUAUUGCUCAGAACCAACUUUUGACAUUUUGUACAUGAUUCAUAUAGUCUCUCAUUAUGAGUAUAUGCUGGUUAGUCGUAUGGCACUUAACCACUUAUAAAUGUUCGUAAAAUCCUGGUAUUUUGGGUUACGUCAAAAUGCAGGGUAGUUCUGAAAAAUUAGGAGAUUUGUCUUCAUGUAUCAUAGGUAUUAGAUUGUAACAAAUAGUUGGAACAUCAUUUUUGUUCAUCGUUGUGUGAUAAAGGAUACAUUAAGUAUAUCACUUUAUGUUGUAAAAACCAAAGCAUCACGAGGAUCUAUAGUAUGUUGGAUUCAUCCCAAAGUUGACUUGGCACUAAAUGUUUCGGCUAACGUGCGACAUUGUUAGCCAAGUCUGAUAUCUCUAAACUAUGUCCAAAAGCUCUCUCUGAGUUUGAUAUUCGUUAUUUCUUAAAGAUUGCUCGCACUCAGUGGUAAUAUCUCAUAGGCGUGAUUUACUUUGUAAGUGGCCCUUAUUUUUUCAAUUUAAAGCUAGUUUUAUUGGCUCUCACACAUGCGCAUACCGUUCGAACGGCCUACCUACUAAUUGCUAUUUAUUCUUACUGGACGUGAUGGUAAAGAUUGUGUGACUAUUAGUUUACUGAAACAGCUUAAAGUAAGGAGUGUUUGUGUUGAGCUGCCAUUUGAUGGUUCAUUACACCUUAGGUGAUCAUUUCGGUUAACAACUCAGGGAUUUGGGACGUCGUUAGAGAGAUCAGUAUAGUACCCAAAGGAUAUUCUUUUAUAUUCUUCAUAGACUGAGAUGAGAUUUCGACAGUGAUUUAUAUUUCGAAUGUGUUCUUGCUCGAAUCCUAUAUUGAUAUGACUUUGAAUUUUUUUCCUAAGGGUUUUUCUGUACUUGCCACUGGAAAUUUUGAAAUCGAAAUUUCUACCAUUCGUUAAAGUGUGACUUUAGCCUUUUCAUAAGUAUCUGCAAUCGUUUGCAAGUGUUUUCCGCUGGAUUCAUGUUCAUGAUAGGUACCUGAGCCUAUCAUCAAGUUUUUAUCUUCCAAGCCUCACGUCCCUAAUGUGUACUUGUAGAUUAUACCUGCUAAAUUUCGUAGUUUUCAAAUAACAUUUCUAAUGCCGAGCAACUUUCUCCCUCUGAAAGUUAAUUUUACUUUCUAUGAUGACUGGGUUUAGCGUUUUGUCGGUGGGUAGGUAAAUUUAUGUGGGAUAUUUUUCUCAUAGUUGGCAAUUAUUAGGAGUACAGAUAGAAACUGAAUACGUGGAAGUUUGUACCUUAUUUCUUCCGAAUUUUCGAAAUAUCGUCUAGUCGAACAUUAUGUAGGUGAUUUUUAGGCUCUAUGGAGUUGUGAAGUUUUCUGCUUUCAGAUUUUAUUCAAUAAAUGCGUCUAUAUGGCUGCUGACAUUGGCUGUCAAAUCGUUAUAUUUAAAUUCUCAGUCGUACAAAUCCACCAAGUAAGCCAUAUGAGGUUAGGAAAACAAUUAAAUUUUUAUGUUUUGCCUUUCGUUAUGAAGAUAAGAAACUUUAGAUCUUUGUACAAGAAAUUUCGUUGUCCAAUUUAAUGUAGUGCAAACAGUAAGGAUUGUAAUAUACUUCGAUAUACCGUUUCUACGAUUCCGUUGCGAAUGCUACGUAGGUACAUAGAGCUAUAAAGCACUCGAUGGUUAGAAAAAAUUCUUACUCAUUCCAAGAUCUAAGAAUAUAUGACAAGCUGUUAUAUGUUAGCAGAUGUUUUGGCUUUUAAUUGCUUUUAUCGAUCUUGUUGAUAUAAUUCGAGUAUGUCCGAUUUCCCAUAUGUUUGUUGACUCGGAGAUUAUUUAGAACGAAAAUCCCGAAAUUUCUCAAUAUCUCUGACAGGAAUCUCGAAAUUCUCGAGAUUUAUAUAAACUAAAUGAAAUAAGAGAUUAUCAAAACCUAUUGGUAUCAACACAUUUGAAAUUAGAAAUGAAAUAAUGUUGAAGCGUUAAGUACCUAUAUAGAUAGUCAUCGGCCAUCAUUGAGGUACUUUUAGAGAUGACACUUUCCUCAUCUAAAUUUCCAGGGGUUGAACUUCUAACGGGACAUUCACUUGUUGACUUAGAAUAUGCCGAUGACAUAGUUCCCUUUGGUGAAGACGCUGACAAAAUGCAGUCUUCUAACCACUACAAGCAACAAUGCAGGUAUGUUCGGCACGCAAUUUUCUCCCUCGAAAUGCAAAAUGUUGUUUCAGGACUGGGUUGCAUCGACACCCGGACUAGUGAUAGGGAGUGAAGUAGUUGAGCAUGUCGACCACUUCACUUAUCUUGUAAGUCUCAUCAGCCCUUGUGGUCUGGUGUGUGACGAAAUUCCAGCACAGAUACAGAAAGCUCGACUAGCUUUUGCCAACCUGCGUCAUUUAUGGCGUAGGCAAGAUAUCCAUCUACCAACCAAAUAACGGGUUUACUGCGCAGCAGUUCGUUCGUCCUACUUUAUGGCAAUGAAACAUGGCCGGUAAGAGUAGAGGAUAUUUGUACGUUACUAGUAUUUGAUUAUAGAUGUCUUCGAAACAUUGUUCGUAUAUCCUGGGACCAUCGAGUAAGUGACGCAGUUGUUAGGAAACGGGUACUAGGUAAGGAUGGCAAAUCAAUUGAUGAAGUAGUGAAACUUCAUCAGUUGAGAUGGCUGGGACAUGUGUUACGCAUGCCCAUCCACUGACCGCCCCGACGUGCGAUGUUUUAUGGUGUAGGAGUAGGUUGGAAGAAAGCUAGGGGCGGUCAGACCAAAACAUGACACAAAUCCAUGGAGUCAUUGACAAGUGGACUGGGCCAUGUUAGUAGGUGUAGACUACCUGGUUGGGAUCCGCGAGAUGAUAGCAAGCGAUGGUUGGUGACUCUGAAUGAUAUGGCUCAAAAUCGUUUGCAAUGGUUCAGGUGCAUCUACUCUUUGUGUUCUCCCAAAUUCUAAUCUCAAUUAUUCAUGUCUCUUUUUUCCUCUUUCCAAAUUUAUUCCACUGAAUUAUACUCCUUGAAUAACAUCUUCAAACCCUAAUCUUUCCGAUUAUUGCUGCUUAUACUCUUACCACCUCUACCACUACGGGAUUUGAAUCGACAACUGUAUCUCUGUGCUAAUGCAGUGUGGCAACUCGAACUGAUGUACGUACGUACGAAGUUCCACGUUGUUACUGACUUACUGAACAGAGAACCAGUCUGUACGUGUAAGGUUUUACUUUUUUAAUAUCUGCUUAUUUAAAAAGUGUCCUAUAUUACUCUUCAAUUAGUUUAAAAUUCCAUUUAACAAAUAAAAUUCCGAAUAUUUUCAAAAAAUUUUACAUCAAUUAACAAUAUAACCUGAUUCCGCAUGUUAUGUAUGGUCUAGAUUUUUAUAUAAACUUUUUUCUAAAUCAGUAUUCAGCUUAUUAUUUUUUUACUAGGAAAAGUAUGGGAACUAUGGAGAGUGUUGCUCGUUCGGUCAAUAAUGGGAUAUAUUUUACAGAGUCCUCACCUCAUGUUUACAAAUUCAUCAGUGAAUGCCCAGAAAAUUUGUCAAACAGCGGAGAUAACAGUUAUAAUUUUACUAGUGACAGUGAAUUAGACUCACAAUUAGGAAAUAAUAGCGUUCAGUUGAUCAAUAUUUCUGAAGUUAAUGAUGAUACAUCGUUUUCUAAUAUUCAUCCACCUGGUAGUAAACGCAGAUUAUACACCAACGUUAAUGGUAUCACUGAUAUGAUUGCCCAACAACCUUUCACAGACGAACGUAAUUCUUGUGAAAAACUAACUAGAGGAAAACAAAAGAUACCUAUUGAAUUUAUUUCUGAUCGUACGAAGAGAUAUUCUACUUUUUCAAAACGUAAAACUGGACUUAUGAAAAAGGCUGUGGAAUUGGCGGAAUUAACCGGUGCAGAAGUAUUAUUACUUGUUGCUUCAGAAACAAAUCAUGUUUAUACGUUUGCAACACAAAGAUUAAAAGGUAUUAUUGAGUUGGAAUGUGGUAAAAAGUUAAUACAAACUUGUCUAAGUUCAUCUGUGAAUCCAAACAAUUCAUCGAUGAAAAGUGAUCAGCCAGAUUUGAGCAGUUCGCAAGUUAAUAAAAAUGUAAAUAGUCGGAAAAGUUGCAAGAAGGAAGAUAGUACAGUUAUUGUUAACAAUGAUACAUUUGGUAAAAAGGAAUACGUUAGUGAUUUAAAAAAUGUAUCCAAUAAAGAUAGUAAAGUGAACUCAACGUUACAAAAUGACGCAGUUUCCAAAGUGUUAAAUCAAAAUCAUGUUGAUGAAUUGGAGCAUCGUAUUGGUAUCAUCCCAAGUACACUAAUAGAUUCUGGUCAAAAUGGUCGUAUUGUAUCGUUAAAUAAUGAAGCGUUUUGUAAUAAUAUUUCUCAGAUAACUAACAUUUCCAACUCAUCUGAAUGUAAAAAAGUGGUAUAUGUCCCAGUUAGUGUAUCUCCAUCACAAAAUGUUCUCUCAUUAACCCCGUUAUCCUCUAGCCUUCUUUUAACUGCACAAAUGGCCACAAAUCAAUUACUUUUAGUUCCACAGUUAAAUUCAGUUCAUUAUGUUACAUCAACUUCAGGAAAUGUAUUAAACGGCUCACUAAAUACACCAACUUCAAACUCGUAUAAUCCUUAUUUAAUGGGGUUUUUAAAUGUCAAUACAAACAAUAGUUCGUCAGAAAUACUUACAAAUUGUUUAACAAAAGAAUCAAAUAAAUUCACCUCCCAAAGUUCUACUAAUGAAAGCAUAACUAAUCAAUUUAUGAAUAAUUCAUGUAAAUAUAACUUGAAACCUCCAGAUUAAAUCAAUGCUUAUCUGACCGAUCCCUCCUCUAUUUCUCGUUCUUCUCUGGGAACAAAGUGCUUUUCAUUAGUUCGUAAUUUAUUUUACUCCUUCGAGUUUGCUUAUCUUCUUUUUCAAAUUAUCUAGAGUAUUAAAUAUUAUUUAAAAAUUGUGUAACGAAGCUUUUACAACAAUUUACUUACAUGUUAACAUCUUUCCAAUUAUUUGAAAAUACUCAAGUUUAUAUCCUUUAACACUUGGUAGCUUUGAAAAUAGCUUUCGUUAAGAAGUGAUGACAACUAAUACACUCAUGAGAGCACGUGUUUUACAAGUUUUGAGGGUAUUGAUAGUGCCUACCUCAUUCACUUCUCCAUAAGGGGGGUCAGUCGUGGUUAGAGACGUUGGGUGACAAGGCUCAGAAUAGUUCUCCGUAGCGCUGAUGUAUUCAGUCUUUGUCUUCCUUUAGAUGAUAAAUUUCCUGGUUUUCUUGUUCUACGAACCUAUGUUUUCCCAAACAUAUCGUCUACGACUAAUCUGUUCUAUUAUUACUGUUAAUUUUUAUACAACUGUGGUAUCUCACUGUUAUGUGUAGUGGCAAACUGAACAUAUGCACAUACGUGGCAGGCCUUACGCUAAAUAUGACUGGUUUUCAGUCAUAAUAGACUUUGUAAUACUCUUACAAUAUUAGUUCUCUAAACCUUUUCGUGUCGUUACCC